AUGGAGGACAGGAAGAGACCUGCCAUCGGCAGCACUGACGAUCUGGCACCUCCCAGCAAGAGAGUGGCCGUCAACGGUGCCAAGGUCAAAGACGACUCUUCCGAAAUGAAGGAGGAAGGUUGGAUCGAGGCGUAUUCCAAAGGCGCCAUAUAUCGCCAGAUGCAGGAGUAUAGUCGCAAGGCAGCUACUGCGGAAUCGCGUUUAGAAGAGCUCCAUAAACGUUGUGUGCAUCACGAUGAUCACUUAAGGGUCAUUGAUGCAUGGUGGCGCCAGCGCGGUCAGCUCAGUCCCGACGCAGCUGCAUUAGAAGGCAAAGUAACCACUCUACUGGCUGCGCAGAAGGACUACCUUCUCAAACUGGAUCGCUUGAACGUUGAAAAGGAAAAUCUUUCCGAGGAGCUCAAUGCCGCCACCCUCCGAUACUUCAAGGCCGAGAAGAAGCUGGACCGUGCCAAGAGCGCUCAGGUGCAGAAAUUGGAGCAGAAGGCAUUUGCCAAUGCCACGCGACCACCCGCUGCAUCUAGCGAAGGCAUCGUCGAGGCUGCCGAUGCCAAUGGGAAUACCGACGAUCUGCUGCUGAAAUUCGACGAAGCGACGGCUGCUGCGGCAAAGCAAAAGGAGCAGCUGGACGGAAUCCUAUCCGAGGUGAAGACACUGCAAGACGAAAACUUAUCUCUCAAGGCUCGCCGGGAGCUGUGGACGGACGAGGAUUUUGUUCGCUCCGAUGUGUUCAAACAAUUCAAGGGCCAAAACGAAGAUCUCAUCAAGCGAAUAAACAAUCUGGAGGCGACAAACAAGCAGUUGCGAGAAGAAGCAGAAAAGCUGCAGGCCGAGCGGUCUGCGUUCAAGGCCCAGUUGGAGGCGGAUGCGAACCAAGUCACGCAGGAACUGGAGGCUGACAUCGUUGCGAGAGAUCAAGACCUUGCCCGGGUCCGAUCGACCCGAGACGAAAUUUUGGCCGACAACUCUCAGCGGAAAGCGAGCAUGGAGCAAGACAAGACGGCUUUGGAUCAUAUUCGAGAUCUUGUCAAUGCCAAGGAUGAUCGUAUCGUCGCCCUCGAAUCCGAAAUUGUGCGACUGAAGCCGGUCGAGGACAAGGAUAUGGCUUCGCCAGAAGCCCCUGAGAUGUCGGAGGAAGAACUUCGACAAAAGUACAAGAAACUGCUCAAGGAUUUCCAAUCUAUCAACGAGCAAUUGCCAUCUAUCGAGAAAUCUUACAAGAGGAUGAAGGACAUGGCUCAGAUAAAGAUUAUGGAUUUUGCUGCCCUGGAAGAGAAGGUCGCGCUUCUGAUUGCUGAAAAGGGCAAAGCCGACCAGAAGUAUUUUGCUGCCCGAAAGGAUGCCGACACGCGAAACAACGAGAUUCGAUCGUUGAGACAUCAGAACAGCAAGAGCUCGGAGAUUAUUGCGCAACUCAAGGCGCUGGAGGUGCAGAACCGGACACUGCUCGUCAAUUUAGAGAAGCAGUUGUCGGACCUGAAGCAAGCCAACUCUGUGCUUGCCCUGGAGAACAAAAAGCUGGACAUCGCAGCAACGGAAGCCGCGAGACGGGCCGACUCUCUGACUCGUCAGAUUGAAGAUCUCUCCAACUUGGUGAAGUCCCGAGACGCAGCAUCUGCGGUUGUGAGGGAGCGAAACACGAUGCAGGAGGCCGAGGUUGAGAAGCUCAGGGUCCGGGUCGAGCACGCGCAGAAGGAUCGAGACAAUUGGAGAAACAAGGCGUUAAGCAAUUCAUCGGAAGAAGAAGAGAUGCUACGGGUGAGCCGACCAAGUUUCUGCCCGUCCGUUGCGAUGGGGGCUAACGAACCGGAUGCAGACUUUUGCGUUGUGCACGAUUUGCCGCAACAACUUCAAGAACACGGCUCUGAAGACGUGUGGACACCUCUUUUGCAACAAAUGUGUGGAGGAUCGCAUCAGCAACCGGAUGCGCAAGUGUCCGACCUGCUCGCGCGCAUUCGACAAGAUGGACGUCAUGCCUGUUCAUCACUAAUACCUCUUGCACAACAAUGCUUCAACGUUCUGCUUGGCUAUUGA